CCCGAAUAGCCUGCAGAACUGGCUCUGGCUAUAAUUAAACAUAUGGGUCCGUCCCAUGGAUCAAGAGUAUAAAGGCCAGGCAAACCAGAUGGGUUGUAGGUCUGCAGCACCACACAGAUACAGACGUACAUCCAGAAGCUCAUUGCUGACUACAGACUCCCAAACACAGAGACGACAUGAAAGCUAUCGCAGCCUUCUUGCUGGUGCUGUGUCAUCUGGCCAUCAGUCAUGCCUGGGAAUGCGAUGAGGCUCCACAGCUGUCUGGUGCUCAACAGAUUGACGCUGGCCUGGGGAAAGUGGUUGCACUUGCCCAUAAUCGUACCUAUUUGCUGGUGAGAACAUAUUGGACCUACAUGAGCACAACCCGAUUCAAGCAUGUCUCAGUGGGACGUACAGGAGUUUGGGCAUGUGACAGCUCAAACAAGGUCUACAAGUACAUUGCUGGCAACUUUGUAAGAUCCACUGGUCUGUCUAUGCAGCAGGUAGAUGCUGGAGGUGAUGGUCAACUUGUGGGAAUUAGUACCACCUCCAGCUCCUACUGCGUGAUGAGUAGAACAGCUUCUCUUUACAGCACACCAACCUCCCUGACCUGGAGAUCCCUGUCAAGGAGUUUGAGGUACAUCAGCUGCAGCCCAAAAAACGAAUGCUGGGGAGUCGACAGAAGUCACCGAGUCUACUUCAUGCGUGUAAACCCAACAACCUGCCGAGCCUCUAACUGGAGACAAGUGACAGGGCAACAAAUGAUAAUGGUUGAAGUGGGGGAUGAUGGAAGUGUAUUUGGAAUCAACACACGUGGUCAAGUCUACCAAAGAGUUGGAAUCAGCUAUGGUUCAGCAUCUUCUGGCAGUCGUUGGAACUUCAUCCCAAUGUGCAUGAAAAUUCGCAGCCUGAGCUACGACCUGCGCACACUUUGGGUUGUUACCAAAGCUGGCUUUAUCCUGAAGUGCCUACAGACUCCCAAACACAGAGACGACAUGAAAGCUAUCGCAGCCUUCUUGCUGGUGCUGUGUCAUCUUGCUGUCAGUCAUGCCUGGAGCUGCGAUGAGGGUCCACAGCUUUAUGAUGCUCAACAGAUUGAUGCUGGGCUGGGGAAAGUGGUCGUCCUUGCAAGAAAUAUUUCCUAUUGCCUGAUUGGAUCAUCUUGGACCCCUCUGAGCUCAAUCCAAUUCGGGCAUGUCUCAGUGGGACCUGCAGGAAUUUGGGCAAGUGACACCUCAAACAGGGUCUACAAGUACAUUCAAGGAAAAUUUGAACAAUCCUCUGGCCUGUCUAUGUUUCAGGUGGAUGCUGGAGGUUCUGGUCAACUUGUGGGAGCUGAUACCGCCUCCCGGCCCUACUGCCUGACAAGUAGCUCAGUUUCUCUUUACAGUGGAUCAUCCUCUCUGAGCUGGACGUCCUUGGGAGGGAUUUUGAGGUACAUCAGCUGCAGCCAAAAAAAUGGAUGCUGGGGAAUCAGCCCAACUUUCAGUGUCUUCCAUACAUCAAAUGUAGACCCAACAAACUGUCGUAACAGUGGCUGGAGACAAGUGAGAGGCCUAAAUCUGAAAAUGAUUGAAGUGGGGAAUGAUGGAGCUGUUUUCGGACUGGGCACAGAUGGCCGAGUCUACCAAAGAACUGGCAUCACCUAUGGUCGCGCAACUUCUGGCAGAGGUUGGGCCAACAUCCCAAUGUGUAUGAAAAUUCGCAGCCUGAGCUACAACCUGGGCACACUUUGGGUUGUUACCUAUUCUGGCCUUGUUCUUAAGUGCAAAAGGUAAUUCUACCUGUAUGGCAGACACUCAGUACACAGCCGUGUCAGUUUGUCAUGGAAGAUUUAAUUUUUUUCAGGGACAGGAAUCUCUUUAGGUGGUGUUUUCACUCCCAUCCACAUAAAAUUAUAUCCUUUCUCCAUAUUAUUCAGUGUACAAUACAAUGUGAAUGAAUCAAUAGCAAUUAAUCUUUUCUCAGUGUAAAAGUUAUGGCAUUACUAUUCAUACAUCUCCCAGGCUACUAGGCUCCUAUUUAUUAUUUUUAUAAUUUUGGCAACAGUGAAAAUAAAACUAAAACCAAUGAGAAGUACUUGAUCAUAAGAUGCAAUUUUACCAUAUUGUAAAUGAUGCAGCAUCAAUACACAAAAUUCAAUAACCAGACCUUAAAAAUGUGUUUUAUGAAUUAAAGUCUUUUACUUGUGUAAAUUACAUUUGGCAAAUAAAAAUCAUUUUGAUUUAUUCAUACUGGACUGUAAUGCAUGAAUAUUAAACAAAACCAAUAAAUAAACAGUUGUAGAGUAACCUAAUGCAGUAGUUAUAUAACUUGGAGGAAACUGAUCAUUUUUAAGAAUCAUAUGAAUGUAUAAACUUGACCUGUCACACUUUUUUAAUAAAUGAUGAAGAAAUGAA